CUCAACGUCUGAAUGACUGACGUUUGAUGAGAGUCACAAAUAGUAGAGGACGACAAGAAAUCAGCAGCAGCUCAACCAGUCCAGCGGACCAGUAAUCCAGUAGUACGAUAGAGCCGCACGUGUCUGCGGUAUGAGAGGAGCACAAGGAGCCUUGCUUUCCUUGCCUGCCUGCCAGCUUCCAUCCAUCCUAUCUAUAUAUCCUCCAAUUCAAUUCUUCCUUGCUUCGUUCAUCCUCCUCCGUCCUAUCCGGGAGGAAAGGAGCUACGUAGAUGGAGCAGCCGCAGGUGGUGCCGGCGGCGAACAAGAACAAGUCGUCAUCGUCUUGUCGGUUCCGGCGGGUGUGCGUCUUCUGCGGUAGCAGCCCCGGGAAGAAGGCGGCCUACCAGCUCGCCGCCGUCCAGCUCGGCCACCACCUGGUGGAGCGCGGCAUCGACCUGGUGUACGGCGGCGGCAGCGUCGGGCUGAUGGGUCUCGUCUCCCGCACCGUCCACAACGGCGGCGGCCACGUGCUGGGGAUCGUGCCCAAGGCCGUGCUGCCGCGGGAGCUCAUCGGCGACACGCCGGGGGAGCUCAAGGACGUGUCCGGGAUGCACCAGCGGAAGGCCGAGAUGGCGCGCAAUUCCGACGCCUUCAUCGCGCUCCCGGGUACACUCUACGCUGCCUGCUUGCGUUGGAUUGGAUUGGAUUGGAUCCUGGCAUCAUCCUCCUGCUCUGAUGACUAUAUAUAUAUAUGGUUAUUAGGUGGCUACGGCACUCUGGAGGAGCUCCUUGAGGUGAUCACCUGGGCUCAGCUGGGCAUCCACAACAAGCCGGUGGGCCUGCUCAACGUCGACGGCUACUACGACUCGCUGCUCUCCUUCGUCGACAAGGCCGUCGAGGAAGGCUUCGUCACCCCCGCCGCGCGCCACAUCGUCGUCGCCGCCCGCACGCCCCACGACCUGCUCGCCAAGCUCGAGGACUACGUGCCCGUGCACGACGCAGCCUCGCCCAAGCUCACCUGGGAGAUGGACCAGAUCAUCAAGUCAUCAUCCGACACCAAUAAUAACAUCUCAUCAUACUUCUCACGCUAGCAAGCUGCAAGCCUAUUGCUGUGCUUAAUUUGCUAUUCAUUCACAACAAACAACAACAACAACAUUAAUUAUAUUGGAUUGUUCUUAAUUUGCUAAUCAUUACUACUAAUCUAGCUAGCUUCAACAGCUCAGGACACUAGCUACAUGCAGCAUGUAGAUAGACAGUCAACCCUCACUUCAUUUUCUUGCUUCUUAAUUUAUAUAUUAUCUUUCUCCAUCUCUGUAAAUACAUAAUACACUUACGGUACUAUUAUUGCUGUGCUGUAAUAUAAUGUUAUUGCAUUUGUUCCGGCUUGCCUUCAA